AUGAUCCAAUCAUCAUCGAUCAUCAACAUCAUUGGAUCUCUUGUCAGAUGUUCACACUGUGUGCCGUCAUGUCCGCCGGCCAAACGCGUCAACAGCCUGCACAAUAACGUACAACUGCACAAGCACACACAACUGCACAAACACACACAACAGAUUGUUGCGGUUGUACUUGAUGACAAGGUGGCGGACUGCAUCGACAUUCUCAAGUGUCUUAAAACAAAUAAUUUAUAUGAAAAAUGUCCGGUUUUUGUUAGCAAAGAUUUGGAAAGAGUUCCUAAAUUGGAAAAUAUAAUUAAAAUUAAUUUUGAAAAUCUACGGAAUGAAAUUAGUGUAAUGUUAGCUAAACAGCAGUUUGGUAAGAAUAUCAAACCAAAUCAUGAACCGAGCUCAAAUAAAGGAGCUUUAAGGGUCUGUAGUAGGUAUUUGAAGACUGGUAUUGAAGAGCACGCCGAACUAAUGUCAGGAUUGGGAUUCACAGCUCAUUGGCUCAGCUACUUCAGCAGUGCCGUCAAUUCGAUCAUUUACAAUUUCAUGAGUGAUGAGGCAUGCUGUUUUAAAUAA